GCGCGAGGAAAGGGAGACGCAGGGCAGAGAGGGAAGGGUAGGUUGCGAACUGAAUGGAGAGGGCGAGAACAGCGAGAGCCACCGAGGAGCGGAGCUGAGGUUAGGUGAUCCGGAGAGUGGGGACCAUGACGAAGCUAGCGCAGUGGCUGUGGGGGCUGGCGCUGCUGGGCUCCACCUGGGCAGCCCUGACCAUGGGCCCCACCCUGGGCCUGGAGCUGCCCUUGACCUGCCGGGAGGUCCUGUGGCCACUGCCCGCCUACUUGCUGGUGACCGUCGGCUGCUUUGCCCUGGGCACCGUGGGCUAUCGCGUGGCCACUUUCAAUGACUGCGAAGGCGCCGCCCUGGAGCUGCAGACUCAGAUCCAGGAGGCCCGGGCCGAUUUGGCCCGCAAGGGCCUGCGCUUCUAACCCCCUCCCCUAUCCCUGCCGGGCAGCUCUCCCUCCCAGCCCCCGCUACAGAGCAAAUUCAUUUUCUACGUUGUUCAGUCUGAGUAUGGCGUAUGGUGAUUAGGGAUGUACACAGCGGGGGAGAAGUGCUGUGCAUCCUGCUGGCAUCCCUGUUUUGGACUGAAGGAGGCAAAAACCUCAAGAUCUCUCAGCAUGAAAACGUCAUUCCACUGUCCUGGUCCUUUUAACCCUGUCAGAAAAUACGUCAUGAUGCUUAACCUUCAUUCUCCUUAAUAAAAGCUAAGCUCCA